CUUUGCCACUCUUGCCAGUUGUAAUCACAUUAGCAAUUGACCGUGACUUUUACAUUUAUUUGUAUGAAAAUGGAAACCAGUCUGGAUUUUGUUUCAUUAGUGAAAUGAUACCCUUUCUUGUUGCUUUUCUGCUUCCAGUUUUCAUCAUACUGAUCUUCAAUGUUAUUAUAUACGUCCUUGUUAUUCGUGUGGUUAUUCUCCACACUAUUGAUAAGAACAAGAGAAUGAAUAAAUCUCGACUUACCACAUCUGAAGCAAUCAAAAUGUUGAUAUCUUAUUCUGGUAUCUUGAUACUCCUUGGUCUCACGUGGCUGUUUGCUGUCUUCACGUUCAUUACUGAGCCUAACAUCUCAUUCAUCAUUCAGUUCUUCUUUGCUUUCUUCAACGCAUUUCAAGGUUUCUUUAUUUUCUUCUUUUUCGUUGUUCUAAGCAGUGACUCGAGAGAUGCUUGGAAAUCACUUCUCUGUCCUUGGACAGUGAGGGAUGGAACGGCAUCCACAGUAGUUAAAAAUAAACCUUCAAAAACUCAAGUUAUAUCCCCACAGGCCAAAAAUGCACCAGAAAGUCUAGUUUCGAUUAAAGGGAAAGGAAAUAAAGGAAAAGAUUUUGCUGAAAAUUUAAUACAUGAAAACGAGAUAAUCCUUGAAGACAGUGGAUUUUCUAUUGAUGAUGAUAUUUAAGACAUAAAAAAUUUUGAUUCGUUUGUUUUACAUUCUUUAUUCUAGAAAUUGCUACUAUUGUAAAAUGCAGUUAUUAUCAUUAUUUUUUUUUCUACUUUUUAUUUACCUGUAGACACUAUUACAUCUACUAUUAUCUAGACUAACUAUUAUCGUCAUCAUUUAUACAUAUCAUCAACUAAUUAUUGUUAUCAAUAUUAUUUUACUUAUUAUUAUUAUUCUAUAUUCGCAGUUAGUGAGUGCACUUGUAUUUGCUGUUUAAAAAUUGUUGCAAGAUUGUUGCUAAUUAUGUUGAAGGUCUCAACCAACUUUCAGCCUAAUAAAAUAUUCUUAGCAAGUUGGACCCAUAGAUAUUACAUGUUUGAACAUAGAUCUAACUAUAAGUUUACAUCAGAGUAAUAAUUGUUUGGUAACCAGGUUGCUUUCCCAAAUAGAUAUGAUUUCCUAGCAUUAUUGAUGAUGUCAUAAAUUCAUUCAGUUGCAAGGAAAGUAGUUUGUUAGUAAUGAUGAGAGAAGCAGUGCUAGUCUUUGCUUUAUGUGUUCUGUCACUAUCAGUUGCUCAGGAUUGUCCUCUACCAACUAAUCCUGACAUAGAAACUGUAUUGCCUCCUUUACUAGUUGAAUCUGAUGGUCCUCAGUCAUACUCUCCUAAUGUAACAGGAUCAGUUCAAUAUGUCUGUCUAGUUCAAGGGAGCAUGAUUGAUACUUAUAAUGGAGUUUCUCUUAUAGCUAGAUUCACUCCUAACCCAGGAGAGCCUGAAACCAGUAGGAUACUUGAUAUGGAGUGUGGCAGUGGUACAUGGAGUGGAAGGACUGGUAGUUUAGAUCCUCCUCCUCCCAGUGCUAUUGAUGCUCCUCCAAGAACUGAUUGUUAUAGGUGUAGGGAAGGUUUUGGUGGUGAUACUAGAUGUAGAGAGUGUAGCAAUGUUUGUAAUUCUGGACUGAUGAGGUGUACUGGAUCAGGUUCUACUGAUUGUUGUUUAUCAUUUGCUGCUAAUGGUCAGUGUAAUCCCACCACUAACUGUACAUCAUCAUCAGGUCCUAACUAUGUUGCUACUGAGAGUAAUAACUUCACUUGCACUUGUAAUCUAACCUGUUCUGCUGGUUAUACUGUUAAUUCUGAUUGUACUGGCUGUGAUUUCACUAGUAUCUGUGAUAAAGACACUCCAUGUAUGAAUGGAGGACAAUGUAUACAGUAUUCACCUCCUGAUAAUUAUACUUGUAAUUGUACUGGUACUGGAUAUGAGGAAGAAUUGAACUGUACUGACUUGAUUCUUUCGCCAUCUCCUUCUCCUUCACUUGUUCUAUCUUCACCUCCUGCUCCCUUACCCUCUCCCUUAUUUGGCGCUAGUUCACCUCCCUCACCCUCUCCCUCACCAAUAUGUACUGUUAGAUACUGUGACAGUUGUCAAAACUCAUCUUGUUGUAAAACCUGUUCAUCUGGUUCCUAUUUAAAUCCUGAUGGAUGUACAUGUGGUAAGGUUGAGAAAGCAGCACAGAUAUAAAUUCAUUAUGUUCACUGUAGGUCCUUGUACAGUAUCAAAUUGUUCAAGAUGCCACUUGCUGAAUUCAAGUUGUUGUACUGAAUGUGGAUUAGGAUAUGAUCUAGUUAAUGGCUGUCAAUGUGCUGCUCCAUGCACACAGUCUGGUUGUGAGAGAUGUGAUGUUGCUGGAUGCUGUCAAACCUGUUUAUCAGGUUAUAGUACUGGGGUUGAUAAUUGUUCGUGUGUUUGUUUAUUGCCCUGUAACAGUGGAUAUACUUCAUCAGCUAACUGCACUAGUUGUGCUUUGACUAACAUUUGUGAGGCAUCAAAUCCUUGUGGCACUGCUGACUGCUCACUAGGAACUCAACCAGACCAAUACACUUGCUACUGUGCUACUAAUAAUCCUCAAAGUCUGUCAGCUUCUAUCAUUGCAAUUAUUACAGUGCUAUCAUUGAUAGUUGCAGUUUGCAUGGCAAUGAUUGUUAUACUGGUAUUGGUUAUUGUUGUGAUUUUCGUUAAAAAGCAAAAGCAAAAGCAGCAGCAGGAGCAGCAGCCUACUAAUCAUUAUGAUGUAAUUGUCCCAAUUGCUUCAGAUCCAGCAACAGAGGUUAACCUUGCUUAUGAAGCUGUCAGGCGACGUUAACUUGUUUUAUGAUGCAACUAAUGCAUCAUAUUACAUUAGAGACUAUCCUCCUCCUCUAAACUAUGUAUAUAUAUGUGUGUGUGUGUUGUUGUCUUUUUAUAUUGUCAUAUAACUUUUACGUGAUCUUGGAGUAACCUUAAAAAUUCAUAAAAAUUCAAAUUUGAUCGGGAUCAGCUCAAACUUUCUAUACA